CUGGCAGGACUGAAGCAGGAACAGAGUGGAAGCUGUUACCAGGACCAGCACCCCUGGAACCUAAAGGAGUCUCAGGAGCCCAGCACAGGACACUGAGACCUUCCACUGAAGCUCCCACCUCAUUUCCUUUACAGUAUAUCUUCAAGAAAUGUUACAUGGAUGAAUGUCUGAUCCCAGAAAGGUGGUCUCUGAAAACGAAGCUUCACUGUAUUAUCUAAAAUUCUUCAGAGAACAAGUCCACCCAGUUAGAAGAUCCUAAGAGUUGGCUUCCUGUCCUUCUGGGAGGACACUCAGCUCAAAGUAUGCAGCAGGAUGGGAUCAGCAGCAUGAAUCAGCUGGGGGGACUCUUUGUGAAUGGUCGACCUCUGCCUCUGAACACCCGGCAGCAGAUUGUGCAGCUAGCAGUCAGUGGGAUGCGGCCCUGUGACAUCUCACGAAGCCUUAAGGUAUCUAAUGGCUGUGUGAGCAAGAUCCUAGGGCGUUACUACCGUACAGGUGUGUUGGAACCCAAAGGUACUGGGGGAAGCAAGCCACGUUUGGCGACACCCACUGUGGUAGCUCGAAUUGCCCAGCUGAAAGAUGAGUGUCCUGCCCUCUUUGCCUGGGAAAUCCAACGCAAGCUUUGUGAUGAAGGGCUUUGUACUCAGGACCAGACUCCCAGUGUCUCCUCCAUUAAUCGAGUUCUGAGAGCACUGCAGGAAGACCAGAGACUGCAAUGGACACAACUUAGGUCAUCAGCUAUUUUGGCUCCAGCACUUCCCAGUCCUUACAGUGCCUCGGAGCUACCCCGGGGUCCCCACCCGGGGACCAGUCACCGGAAUCGGACUAUCUUCUCCCCAGGCCAAGCUGAGGCACUAGAGAAAGAGUUCCAGCGUGGACAGUAUCCUGAUUCAGUGGCCCGUGGGAAGCUGGCUGCUGCCACCUCUUUGCCUGAGGACACAGUGAGGGUCUGGUUUUCAAACAGAAGAGCCAAAUGGCGACGGCAAGAGAAGCUGAAGUGGGAAAUGCAGCCGCCAGGUACUUCUCAGGGUCUGACUGCAUUAAGGGUUUCCUCAGGAAUCACCUCUACACAGCAGUCCCCUGGCAGUGUGUCCACUGCAGCCCAUCCUGCCCUGGACUUGUUGGGUCCUUCCUGCUAUCAGCUGUGCUGGGGGUCAGCACCAGGAAGGAGUCUGAGUGACACACCACCCCAAACCUGUCUCCAGCCCUGCUGGGGUAAGAAUCAGGCCGGCCUCAAUCCUGCAGGUGGGGGAAGGCUGACUGACUCCUGUAUCUACCAGCACAUAUGGACCUCUAGCUGAUACUACCAGAUUGCCACUCUUCCCUCCUUCCUGUGGCCUCUCCUUCUCGUUCAGAUCUUGCCUGGCCCUGCCUCACUGCCCCUCCUGUGCAUCAUCUGAUUGGAAAGGCAAGCGAAGAAACACCCACCCACUACUCACACUGGCUUUAAGAGGCCUCACUGGGCAGUAAUAAAAGGUUUUUGAAUUA